UAGACAAGGAAUCUUUAUUCUUUAAUUAGAUAUGGUGGUGAAUCAAAAUAUCAAAUUUGUGAUGAUUCUGUCAAAAAAUAUGAGUCAUACACUUUCUCGCAUUUUCUUAUCCUAACUAGUGCCACUGCAUUGUCUAUUCCAAUCUCCUCCACCAAUCCUUAAUCUUCUCUUUUCCUUCUCUCACUAUACUUACUAUCAUCACUUCAAUUCUCUCUCUCUCUCUCUCUCUCUCUCUCUCUGGUUAUUGAUAUCUUAGUUCGUAACGAAAAUGGCUGCUGCUGUAAGUGCUGCAGUCUCUCUUCCUACUUCCAAGUCUACUUCUCUUCCAUCUAGAACCUCCAUUAUUUCUCCAGAAAGGAUCAAUUUUAACAAGUCAUCGUUGCAUUACCGUCAUGUGUCGUCAGCGGUUGCUCCAAUUCGAGCUCAAGUGAGCACAGAGGCACCUGCCAAGAAGGAGAAGCAUUCCAAGAAACAGGAAGAGGGGGUAGUUGUCAACAAAUUCAGGCCUAAAGAGCCAUACAUUGGCAAAUGCCUCUUGAACACCAAGAUUACCGGAGACGAAGCCCCCGGUGAAACCUGGCACAUGCUCUUCAGCACUGAGGGAGAGGUGCCUUACAGAGAAGGCCAGUCGAUUGGGAUAAUCCCAGAUGGGAUAGACAAGAACGGGAAACCACACAAGCUGAGGUUGUACUCGAUUGCAAGCAGCGCCCUUGGUGAUCUAGGAGACUCCAAGACUGUAUCUUUGUGUGUUAAAAGGCUUGUCUACACCAAUGAUCAAGGGGAAAUCGUUAAAGGAGUUUGCUCAAACUUUUUGUGUGACUUGACACCUGGUGCUGAGGUGAAAAUAACUGGACCUGUAGGGAAAGAGAUGCUCCUGCCAAAAGACCCCAAUGCUACCAUUAUAAUGCUUGCUACCGGAACUGGGAUUGCUCCUUUCCGCUCGUUUUUGUGGAAGAUGUUCUUUGAGAAGCACGAUGACUACAAGUUCAAUGGCUUAGCAUGGCUGUUUCUGGGUGUUCCAACGAGCAGCUCUUUGCUCUACAAAGAUGAAUUCACGAAAAUGAAGAGUAAAAGCCCAGACAACUUCCGAGUGGACUAUGCUGUGAGCAGGGAAGAGACGAAUGCGAAGGGGGAGAAGAUGUACAUCCAAACACGGAUGGCUGAGUACGCGGAAGAGCUAUGGGAGCUGCUCAAGAAGGACAACACAUACAUAUACAUGUGUGGGCUCAAGGGCAUGGAGAAGGGCAUUGACGACAUCAUGGUCUCCUUAGCUGCUAAAGAUGGUAUCGACUGGGUAGAGUACAAGAGGCAGUUGAAGAAAGCAGAGCAAUGGAAUGUAGAAGUCUACUAAUUCUUGUUGCAUAAUGCUGUUGUACAAAUGUAUCAGCCAGCAUUGUGAUUUUCUCUUUGCUGCUGUAGAUAGGUAACCUCUUUUUUGUCUUUCUUUUUUUGCAUUUGCUUUAUUAUAUUUGAACCUUCUUCUUUGAUCCUUUACCCAUCCGAGGAUGUUGAGAUUUGAGGAAUUAUCACAAAAGUUUAAUAGUGAAGCAAAUUAUCAGUCGUUUUCAAUGUUAA